AUGAUUUUCAUUGACAACAAACACCAAUAUUAUCGCUGGUUCACGGAUCUUCAGUUGAAUAAUCCUUAUAUCGACGUUUACACGACAUACGGCAUUCAUCCAAAAUACUUACCGUCGAACAUGAAACAUAUACUGGAACAAUUAGAAAAUAUUUUUAUGAACACGUCUUACACUCUUACAGAAAAGGUUGCCGUUGGUGAAUGCGGACUCGACUCAUCUAGCAACUUUUCGUAUGACUUACAAUUAACAGCUUUUACCAUGCAAUUAAAACUAGCUUCGCAACUUAACUUACCUGUAGUACUACAUGGUCGCGGAACAGAAUCUUUUCUCUUGAUGUUCAAUGAAUUAAAACUACAUUUGAAUUCUGAUCAUCGCUUACACUGGCACUGUAUUAAUGCAAAAACUGAUCUUCAUGUCAUUACAUCUUUUUUGAAUUACUUCAAAAACUCUUAUAUCGGUUUGAAUUGUUCCACUUUUGCGGAUGGCGAUAUUGAAUUGCAAACUUCCUUUAAUAAAUGGUUGGUCAACAUUGACAAUAUUAUCGACAGAAUUGUCCUAGAAACGGAUUUUCCUUUUUUAAAACCAUACACAUUACAACCUCAGCAAUACAAUCCUGUCAGUGGGAUUACAUUUACUGCACAGCAUCUCAUGAAUAUUUUGCGGACGAAAAAAUUGACCAUUACCAAAAUCAUUGAUCAAUCAAAUGAAAACAUACGAGCAUUGUAUGGAAUCAAUUAA